AGCCCCGGGAAACAUGGCUGCUCGUCCUAUUUCGGCGUCGCGGCGUGGCCACCAGCCCCCGGAUCAGAGUUGGGAGAGGCUCCGAAGCCCAGGAGGCAGCCCCUCUCCUCCCCCUGCCUCGUUCAUCUUCCCCCCAGACGGAGUCACGGGAGCAGCGAGCCCAGAGGGUGAUUCUGCCUCCUUCUCCCCGACCCAGCGCGUGCGCCCGCCGGCCCCGGUGGGUGCACACUCGCACGCACACUCUCGCACCCACACUCGCACACGCGGGAGCACACGCACAGGUAGUCACACACCAAGGGCAGCGGCGGCGGCCGCCGGAACCUGCUCGGAUGGCAUUGCAACCCCCCAGCCUGGCCAUGCAUUUGCAGUCCGACCCCCGAACCCGCACCUCCCGGGCGCCUCUCCCCCCACCCUCAAAAAAAGUGCCUCCCCUCCAACGCGCACACACACACACACAAAGUCGGAGAAUGGACCGACGGGGAUAUUUUUGGCAAAUGCUCACCUCAGAGGGCGUCCUGUUCCGCAGCUCUAAAUGAAUCCGUUUGUCCAUCUCCAUCUCUCGCGCUCUCUCGCUGCAGAGGCUCCCGCGCCGGCGGAAUUCAAUCAAUAAACCCCAAACCCACGGCCGCGCGUUUUAGGACUUUGAAGGCUCAACCAGCUCCGCUCGGUUCUCGAGCCCCCAGCACCCGCGGCGCACACUAACCUGAUCGCCGUGGGGGCGGGAUCUGCGGCCCCGCGGGUG